GCUCAUUACAGGAAUAGUCGUGAUCAGUCAGUCUGGUAGUCAGACGAGCUUCUUCGUUAUAACAAACUUUUUAGUUAAAAUUUACGUAUUCUUCAUACAAGGAAAUGAUAGGUGAAAUUAAGUCUGCCGAAACACACUUAGAUAAACUUUCAGAUGCUACAACAGAAAAGAUAAGCCUCAAUUCUCAUGAUGCGCGUACCGUAGAUGAAUAUGAAUGCACCCGAACAAUCGUUUGUUCACGACGAAAUCUCAUUUAUAUCAUCCUAUCGAUUGUGAUAUUCAUCGGCAUCAGCAUGAUCGUCAUCGUGAUAGCCAAUGAUUCAUCCCCCGCCAACCGCCAAAUCUGCCUCAGCGACGAGUGUCUCCGGUCGGCCACCGGCCUCAAGCAGACCAUGAACCGUAACGUCGAUCCGUGCGAUGACUUUUACGAGUACGUCUGCGGCAACUGGGCCGAGGAUCGAACCGAGCGGGACGACGGAAACGGCUGGAUGCAGGAGCGCCAGCUGAAGAUUUAUCGCAACAUUCGGGCCCACCUGGAGCGGGACGCCAAGCGGUUCGACCCGAAGCCGGUGGCCCAGGCGAAGGUCAUGUACCGGUCCUGUUUGGGUUCUGCGGGUCAACGAAAAGCGGAAGCUGUUCAAGAGAUUGUGCAGAAUCUUAGGGAAUUUGGUCUUCCAACAAUUCCAAGUUUUUUGAAUCAAGGCGAAUCUACAAAAUUUGAUUGGGUUGUCACUUUGGCUAGGAUUCAACGAAAGCUGGGUUUGAAUAUUCUCAUUGGGUUUGAAGUUAUGACGGAUUACAGAGAUAGCAAUCAAUCCCGAAUUAGGGUUGACUAUCGGAAGCCAUCAAAUCCUCUUGGGGGAAUGGUUAUAAAGACGGAUAAUGAUAAAAUCAACAAUGCCACUAUACUGGCUCAAAUAUUAUCUAAACUGGUGAAUACAAUCAAUUCUGAUUUCAAUAGUACCAAGUACGAAAACAGUUUUGUAACAUUGGCUGAGAAAUACCUAGAGUUCUGGAAUGAUCUUUCAAUAGAUUUGACCAUAGAUAAUGAUCAAGUAUACGAUUGGUCACUGUACAGCAUACAAGACCUGCAAAGAGUCACAGAAUCAGAUGAAUCCUUCUCCGUCUGGGAUCGCUACUUUGAAGAAUUGUUUGCUCCGUUCGCCGAAGCCCACCCGACAUCCGAGGACAAAUUGCUAAUUGACCGGAUAGAUCUUGAAUAUCUGAAAAGGUUCGUCAAACUGAUGGCCCAACAAGAGCCACAGGUUAUCGAGGUCUUCAUUUGGCAUCGCGUAGCUGCGUAUCUAACUUUUCACGCGUUUGAAGAAAAGAAAUCCAAAGAGAUCUGCGCGAGGAGUGUCCAAAGUCACAUUCCACUUGCCGUGACUUACACAAUUGCCGAUGAAAAAUUUCUCACAGAUAUUGAACCACGCUUGCAACAAAUGCUUGGAGGUAUUCGAGAAGGCUUCAAUCAAAUAGUGCUGGACACUAGUUGGAUGGACGCCAAAACGAAGAAUGCAACGUUGGAAAAAGCUUUGGCGAUGAGAAGUUUUAUUGGAUUUCCAGAAUGGGUUCUGGACGUUGAAAAGCUGGAACAGUUUUAUGAUGGGUUACAGAUAACGAAAUCUCUUUACAUAAGAAACAUGAUCAAUGCGAUCGAAUUCUUCAGGAAGAAAAUGUUACAGUCUUGGCGCAAAAAUCAUGGACUCCGCCUUGUUAUUGAUCCUACUGAGGUAGAUGCCGUGUAUUCCGCUCAACGAAAUAGGAUUUUUAUACCAGUAGCAUUAGUUCAAUACCCCUUUUACUAUCGUGGACUUGAGGCAUUAAACUACGGAGCAAUUGGAACGGUUCUCGGUCACGAGUUGACCCAUGGUUUCGAUAGCAAUGGUCGCUUCUUCGACAAAUUCGGCAACAUGAGGACAUGGUGGUCGGCUCAAACCCAUCGGGAGUACGAAACCCGUGCCAACUGUUUGGUCGAGCAGUACAACAGCUACUCUCUACCGGAAGGAUUCGUCAACGGGACACGCACCCUGGGCGAAAACAUUGCUGACAACGGAGGAGUUCGGGAAGCAUUACGCGCAUACCAAGCCUUCGUGAAGCGACAUGGUCCGGAACCGACUCUGCCGGGAUUCGACGACUUUAGCCACGAACAGCUGUUUUUCAUCUCGUUUGCCAAUCUCUGGUGCUCAACUCUAACACCAGCGCGUGCGAAAGCGCUCCUGAGCGGUGACGCGCACAGUCCGGGCAAGUUUCGCGUCCGCGGCACCGUCAGCAACAUGCCCGAGUUCAGCGAGGCGUUCCGGUGCGCACCGGGCACGGCGAUGAACCCGGCGCGGAAAUGUCGCGUUUGGUAGGGAACAAGGGAAUUUAUGAAGUGAUAAAUUGCUCAAAACAUGAAUAAAAUCGGAUUAGUUUGCAAUGUC